AUGGAGGUCGAUAAGACGGCCUUCUGGGGCCGUCUCCUUGAGAUCAUUGAAGCUGUAUCCACCGCUCACUUCGUCGCUUUUGACUUGGAGCUGUCUGGUAUCCCUUCGAAGGGGACUUCCGGCACCAAGCAGACCUUGGAAGAGCGCUACAACGAGAUCAAAGACGCUGCGGACCGCUACCAAAUCCUGCAGAUUGGCCUGACUUGCGUUGAGCAGGAUCUACAGUCUGAGAGAUAUGUUGUGCGCCCUUACAAUUUCAAUCUCAGCCCUUUGCUCGAAGAGAGAUUAGACAUUGAGAGAAUCUGGUCUUUCCAAAGCGGCGCCGCCGAGUUCCUUCUGAGCGUCGGUUUCAAAAUGGAUCUUCCCAUGACGAAGGGCGUCCCCUACCUCUCCAGGGAAGAGGCCAAGGAAACCAUGAAACUGACACAUAAGAGGUGGGACAAGUCUACCAUCGCGGAUGUUCAGCUCAAGGAAGACGAAGUGCAAUCUCUGGAAUUCGUCAAUAAGGUUCGCACUGCCAUUGACACCUGGAAGGAGACAGGCAAGCCUUUCCCGGAUCUUCUCAAUAUCGUUUCUACCAACCCUGUCGGUGUGCAACCCACUUACCCUGAGCUUGGCAACUUCGAAAAGCGCCUCGUACAUCAGCUGGUUCGUGCCGAAUACCCGGACCUCAUAACCGUUUCCAAGCCCCAGUCCAUACAGAUCAAGCCCUUCGACGAGGAGAGGGAGAAAGGUUUCUUAAAACGGAGGAAGAACAACCUUGACCGCCAGAUUGAGCGACAGACAGGCUUCCGCUGGAUCAUAGAAGCCCUCUGUGGCGGAGAGCUGAAUAUCAACCCAGAAUUGUUCGCUCGAGAUGUCGAUACUGGGGCGGCGAAGUCUGCUAAUAUGAUUCAUCUGAAAGCGCGCUUCGACCGCGCCCGCUUAACGCUGCAACGCAGGAGACCGGUUCUCGUUGGACACAACUUGUUCACAGAUAUCCUUUACUUGUAUCGCACCUUCAUUGGCCCGUUGCCUCUAACGCUCGAAAAAUGCCGUGAAAAGCUUCACAAACUCUUCCCUCUUGUCGUCGACACCAAAUACGUGGCUACCCACAACUGUGGAGACAUAAACCCGAGGUCUUCUUUGGAGGAGAUCCACCACAAGCUCCGCGACCAAGAUAAACCCACUAUUGUUACACAUCCUGCACAUGAAAAAUACCACACUACAACACCGCUGCAUGAGGCAGGAUAUGACAGCUUCUUGACUGCCCUCAUAAUGAUUCGCUUAUCGACCAAGCUUGAACACGACGGCGCAUACCUGAAAGAUGUAUCGCUGGCAGACAGCGACGACGACGAGGCUUAUGACACGGCUGAAGAGAUCCUCCCAGAUCGAAGCGGGUCUCCCCCGCUUGCUACGCCAAAUCAAGGAAUGAUCACUCUCGAUGGAGUAACCGAGCUUCUCACGCCAGCGAUCACGCCCGGUGUCGACGGCGAUCAAACUGCUUUGAUGCAAGAAGUUGCACCUCUAGCCGACACGGACACGGCGCAGAAGAAAGCAUCGCGUAAGAAGAAAAAGAAGAAGGGCGGCCAGACAAACACCAACACCAAGAGCUCAUCAAUGUUCUCUUCGAAAAAUAAAUUCGAACAAUUGGCUAUAGCUGAUACCGAGAGCGAGGGCGAAAUGGCUGAUGUCGAGAGCGAGAAAGAAGAUGCAGGGGCAACGUCCGAAUUGCUGCAGAAUGACUUAUUGAGCAAACGGCCGGAGAAAUCACAAGUCGAGGCGGUUCAGUGGGGAGGAACAACCUAUUAUUCAUACGAAAAUGAGGGCGCGGCCCCGCAGAGUUCCACUGUCAAUCGAGAAGCAACAGAGCCGAUGACUCUCAUGCCUCCGUUCGAAACGGACUUUUGGCGCGUAUAUGGCAACAAGCUGCGGGUUUUCGGUACCACGGAGAGUGUUUGGAAGCUGCGGCCGUGA